AUGGAAAUUGUUGAGCCUAUGGAGUUGACCAGCGAUGGUAUGCUGACAGGAGAGUUCGAAAAUCUUGUAUAUUUAGCUUCUUUUCAGAAAUUCGACGAAUAUAGUCAGAGUGAACAAGUUGAUCUAGUUAAAAUGCUAAUUAAAAAAAUGUGCCACACCCAACACAGCGCUAUUGAUGCGUUUCUGAAGCCUUUUUUACAACGAGAUUUUAUCGGUCAUUUGCCUGGUGUUCUUGCGGAGAAUAUUUUGUCACUAUUGAGCGUCCGGGAUUUGUGCAGGUGUGAAAGCGUGAGUAAGUUUUGGAGAUCAGUCAUUGCCCGUGGUAUGAUGUGGAAGAAAAGAAUUGAGAACAAGCUUUGUUCGGACCCUGUCUGGAGAGGUGUUGCUAGGAGGCGCGAGUGGGAAAAGUAUGUUUUUGUGUCUAGAGACGUUGCUCACGAUCUUAUCGUACAGCGUGGGAACAUUUGUGAUGAGAAUUUGGUUAGAAGGACGAGAGGCACUCCGGAGUCGCUGGAAAUGCAGCACCAGUUUUAUCGGACGUUGUACCCCGCAAUCCAAAAGGAGAUUGAGGCGCUGGAAAUUAAUUGGAGGGAUGGGACUCCAGUAAUGAAAAAAAUAAAUUGUCUUUCUGAGCAAAGGGUUUAUUGCCUUCAGUAUGAUGAACAAAAAAUAGUCUCGGGUUUGCGAGACAAUACAAUUAAGAUAUGGGAUAUGAGCACCUUGAAAUGUUUGAUGGUUUUACGUGGGCAUACAGGAUCAGUGCUUUGUUUACAAUAUGAUGACAAAAUAAUUAUCAGUGGGAGCAGUGACACAAGUGUCAGGAUAUGGGAUGUUAAAACUGGGUCAAAUUUAAAUGUACUGUGCCAUCAUAACGAAGCUGUCCUACAUUUGCGCUUUCAGAAUGGAAUUAUGGUUACUUGGCAAGUAUUAGCAGAGUUAUUUACCAUUAGUCUGCUUGUCUUAGAUACACCAAUUUUUGUCAGUUACUUUUCUAAAGACCGUUCUAUAGUAGUUUGGAAUAUGGUCAGUCCGUAUGAAAUUACUGUAAAACGUGUUUUGAUUGGUCAUCGGGCUGCAGUGAAUGUUGUUGAUUUUGAUGAUACGUAUAUUGUAUCCGCCUCUGGUGAUCGAACCAUUAAGGUUUGGGACACAGAUUCCUGUGAGUUUGUUCGAACUUUAAGUGGUCACAAGCGUGGCAUAGCUUGCCUGCAGUAUCAUGAUCGUUUGGUGGUUUCGGGUUCUAGUGAUAAUACUAUUAGGUUGUGGAAUAUUGAAAACGGCGAUUGUCUUAGGGUUCUAAAUGGGCAUGAGGAACUUGUAAGAUGUAUUCGUUUUGAUUCCAAAAGGAUUGUUUCUGGAGCUUAUGACGGUAGGAUUAAAAUAUGGGACAUGCAAGCCGCUUUAGAUCCUACUGUUCCUGUGGAAAGGGUUUUCUUGAGAACUUUUGCCGAACAUACGGGUCGUGUUUUUCGUUUACAGUUUGAUGAAUUUCAAAUAGUUUCAUCGUCACACGAUGACACAAUAAUCAUUUGGGAUUUCAUGAAUCCCAUACCAGAAACUUUGCCGUUUCAUGGGCCCAAUAUUGUCGACAUUGCUGUACGUGAUGAAUCAACACCAAACAAUGAUACUGGAGAUGAGGUUGAUACGACAGAGGUUGAUAGGAUUCAUGAAAAUGUUUCGAUGCUUGCUGGUCAAGAAAAGUUUGUGGUCACAAACUUUUAG